AUGGAGUUGCCAGACUAUCCUAUUUAUUGUCAUUGGGGAGGGGAAAUUUUGCAAAGUAGCGGUGAUGUUACAUAUAAAGGAGGAGAGCGAAAAUUUGGGUUUGUCAAUUGUCAAAUGAGUUAUGAUGAGGUUUUGAGUAAGGUUUAUGAUCUUAUGAGAUGUGACUCGAGAUAUGUGGAGUUGAAGCUACUAAUGAGGUAUCCAAUGAUGUCCGGUUCAUAUGAAGCCAUUCCGUUGGAUGAUGACAAUUCUUUAAAAGCAAUGUUGAUUGCUAUGUCUCAAACACAAUCAACCACAAUGCAAUUGUUCAUCGAGCAACUUCCAAAGCAACCUGAAACUCAAUCCCACUUGGAAUCCUUUCAUGAAAUGGAUUCAUGGGCGAGUCCAUUUCCCUACUUGCCCUUGACAAAUCAAAGUGGGUUAACGGGUUCAUUCACAAGAAUGCUUACGGAUGAACAAUAUGCUAGUGAACACAUUUUAGAGCUCACUUCUCCAACUCAAACACCACAUGUAGAAGCUACAAAUGGUGAUCCAUCUAUGAUACUUUUCGAUUCUCUAGAUCAAAUAUGUGUUGAUUUUUUUGGAGAUGAAGAGGUUGGGGUGGAUAGUGAUGUUGAUGAAGAUGAAGAUACACAAGAUGCUAAUGACAAAGCUAUAAGAGAAAGCGCUCCAUCUCAAAUUUUCAACAAUGUUGCAGAGUUGGAUCCGAUUUUGCUUGAUUCUUGGAGGACUUGGUCCAACAACCACUCUUUCGAUGGUGAAUUUGCUAUUGGGCAAGAGUUUGAUUCUUCGGCGCAAUUGAAAGACAUAGUCAAAGGUUAUUCCAUAGCUAAAAAUCAUUCAUUUAAGGUGUUGGAGAGUGAGCCCACAAAAUACGUAGUUGAGUGUAAAAGAAAGAGUUCAUGCAAAUGCUCAUGGAGGUUACGUGCAAUCAAGGAUCCUUGUCUUGCUUCAUUCAGAAUUGUGAGGUAUAAUGGCCCCCAUGCAAGUAAUUGUUUGGGUGACAUAAACUCAAUCGAUCAUCCUCUUCUCUCCUCUGAUUUUGUAUGCAAUGAGAUAAAAGAUCUUAUUCGUGCCGAUCCUUCUUUGAAAAUCCGUGUUAUUGUGCAAGCGGUGAAAGUUAAGUUUAAGUAUACCAUCACUUACAAGAGAGCUUGGUCAGCGAAACAAAAGGCUAUUGCAAGCAUUUUUGGUGAUUGGGAGCAAUCUUACGAAGAGUUGCCUAGGUACAUGCAAGCAUUGAAAGAAUCUAAUCCAGGAACCGUCGUGGAAUGGUGUACCUUGGCUUCUAAUGAAGAUCCUUCUGUUCACAUUUUUUUUAGAGUGUUUUGGGCAUUCAAGCCUUCCAUCGAUGGUUUUAAGCACUGUCGACCCCUAAUCACCAUAGAUGGAACUCAUUUGUAUGGUAAGUACAAGGGCACGUUACUCAUAGCCAUGGGUACAGAUGCGAAUUCUCAAUUGUUCCCUCUUGCUUUUGCUAUUGUUGAAAGUGAAAAUGGUGAGAGUUGGAAAUGGUUCAUGAAAUGCAUUCGGCAUUUAGUUACUCAGAGGGAAGGUUUAUGUGUCAUUUCUGAUAGACAUUUCUGA